AUCGGGAGUCCCUUGUCGCUGCGUCGUUGCUGGCCGUCGAUCGUGUGGGACCAUGGGGGGCGCCUUCAGUCGGUCCAAAGUCGGUGUGCUGUCGUACCUGCACCACGAAUCGGCCGCCGUCAAGCGCAAAGAAACCCUGUGGGGCGCGUCGCUCCUCGCCCCGCUCUACUCGAUCCGGUCGUUGCCGUCGCUCGCCGCUGUCUCGCAUGAAAUCGUACUCACCCCUCGGUCGUCGACCCACAUCAUUCCCGACGACAUGCACCUCCUCUUUAUCUACAGCGGCCACAUCACCGCCACGGUCCUGGACGUUGGCACGGUGUCGUUUCUCAUUGAGCGAACGAAACGCAGUGGCGCGCGCCGCCGCUCGCUCCUGCAUCGAGAGGACUCGCUCGCCGUGCGGCUACGAUGUUAUGCCAUCGACCGCGAACAUGCGACGGAGGAAGUGAUGCUGUGUCGACGUGGCGGCCACAGCGGUGGCACGUACCUCCUCCGCUUUGUCGCGUCCAAGAUUCGAUCGCACGAAGUCGUGGUCAAGUCGCUCUUGGUCACGCAAGUCGACGUGAAAGCCAAGUCGCGAGCGAUGGCGCUGCCCCCGAUCGUACCGAGCAACCCACGAGGCGCGACGUGGGGGCGAUUCAACUCGCUGGUCCCGAUCGUCCCGAAACGGGGGUCGACGCAGCACGGGGCCGGCGGCGCGUCCCCAAUGGCCACAUCCGCCGCCGUCGGCAGCACCAGCCACCACUCCACGAACGCGACGACGCCGGUCGACCCAGGCAACGUGCCCAUCACGGAAGACUGUGCGUCGAUCCUUCAAUCGAGCCCCUACUUUGCCGGGAUCAGCCACACGGACCUGACCGCGCUCAGCGACAUGGGGACCAUCUCGAUCGUGCAAAACGACUGUGCUGUCAUGCAAGAGCGCGAAGAUGGCGGGCACGAGAUGUUUGUCGUGCUCGCGGGCGACCUUCGUGUGUGUGUUCGCGACCAAGAGACCAAGGUGCUCAAGCCCGUCGCGACGCUGCACUCGGGGUCAUGCAUGGGCGAAAUGACGUUGCUGUUGCGGGGUCCCCGGACCGCCAGCGUCACGGCCAUCACAAACUGCAUGCUCGUCAGCAUCGAGCGCAGCACACUCUUGUCGUUUCUGCGGCGGCACCCCAAGGUCGAAGCCAACUUGAAAUCGGUCCUGGUCACCCGCCUCCUGCAAAACGCCGUCGGGAAGCGGUCCGUCCCGAUGUUCGACGCGUUCCAGUACGACGACGUGAUGAAGCUCGUGCCGCACUUUUUCAUCGAGCACAGCGUCGCCCGCGGGACCGAGCUCCAUGUCGAAAGCGACGACCAGGCCGACGGAGCAGGAACAACAACAGCGACGGCGCGUGCAGCAAAGAGAAGGUUUCGCAUCAUUUUGUCCGGCACGGUGGAGAUCAUCCCUGCGACUUCUGGAAGCGCGAGCGAAUUCCGGCAGGCUGGGUACAUUGGCGAGCUCAUGCCGGGAAUGGAGGCGAUGGCGCCAGGCACGCGCGCCGUGGCGUCGACCGACUGCGCGUUCCUGUCUGUUCACAACGACUUGUGCUGGGGGCACUUGACCGGGCAAGCCAAGGCGGAAGCGCUGAUCCGAUGGCACCAAACCAACUGCACCGUCGACAUGGUGCUGCGGCAUCCUCCCGCGCGGCAGUAUUACCUGCGAUUUCUCUCGUUCGAGUUUAGCGACGAAAACUUGUUGUUCGUGAUCGACGUUCAAGCGUUCAAGUUUAGCCCGACCGUCGCCGUCGAUGCCAAGGCAAUUGUGGCCGAGUACAUCCUCGAGUCGUCUCCCAAGCAGGUGAAUGUCGACGCCAAGAUGCGCAACGACAUCGUGGCGGCGCUGCCGCACGUCGUCGACGAAGCACAAAACGGGAUCUUUGACAAAGCCGUCGACGAAAUCACCACGUUGAUGCGGAAAGACAGCUUUCCCCGGUUCAAGAAGACGCCGUUCUUCAAGGACAUGCUGGCCGCGUUUCCUGCGCUGGACCACCAAAAGCGGACCGCCGACGCCACGACGACGGAAGGUCCGGACGCCGACAGAGGCGAACAUGCCGACAUCGGCAAGCGCUUCAACCACGUCCUGGACCAAGUGUUUGCCCACAGGGAUCUGCGGCGGGACUUGAGCCGGACACACGGCAUCGGGUCGUCACGGGAAGCGUUUGCAGGGAUCGCAAAUGCGAUCCAUCGAUCGAAAAGCAGCGGGAGGGAGCGAUGAACACUUAAUCGCACGGUCACGUCACGCUGCGUCGCAGGCGGUAUGCCUUCCAGCGCCAGGAUCUUUCCCGAACGAACGC